CGUGGAAGGUCGCCGUCGGCCGGUGGCUUUCAGUCUGAUAUAAACCAAUCCCACUCGCCGGCACGGAGCCCGCUGGCACCCACAAAUGAGCAGCCAUCCGCUGGUCUUGGAGUUGGACUCGGCCAGCAGCAACAACGAGCAUUCGCGGCGCCUCUGCAUCCCAACUACGACUCCUUUGGCGCAAACGGCUUCCUCGGCGCACAAGCCAACGCCGUCGACCCGACAAACGGCUUUGAUCCCAGCGCGAGCUUCGGACAGCAGCCGGCCACCGGCCCCGACUCCACCCUCUCCCUGAACGCCCAGGCGCAACACAACUACCUCUCCCCAAACCUCCACGACGGUGACUUCUCUCUCUUUCCCUCAGCCGCUGAGCAAGGCGAUCAGUACAACGCCCCCCUCUUCGAGCAGCCGCCUCUGGGCGACCUCAAUGCCAUGACCUCCCCGCACUCGCAUCAGUCUCCGACCCCUCCACAGCUCUUCCAGCCGGACAGUCUACAGUCGCCUCCCUUCAACCGACAUCAGUUCUCGUCGCCGCCAACUCAUUCGAGAAAUGCUUCCCUAGGACCCGAAGCCGCGCUUCUCCCUAGCCAGAUUGGAGACUGGACCCAGCCGCAGUUUCAGGGUCAUCGACGAACCCCCUCUGAGUAUUCGGACGUCUCCUCCGUGGCCCCUUCGCCCCAUCUCGUCAGUUCCGAUACGUUCGACGCCGACCAGUCGGGCCACUCGCCUCUGCAGAGGCCCGCGGAUGUUAGCCUCUACCAGGAAGUGCUCGGCAUCGGAUCCUUCAGCCUGGCUGACCACGGUAGUCCCGGGUAUCAUGGUCGAAGUCCCUCGCACAGUCCAGCCAUCAGCCCUCGGAUAAUGCCCCAGCAGAUGCCGGACACCAUGCAGCCCUCUUUCAACCUCAUUCCGCCCAAUGGCGGCUUUGACGGAGUAUCAGGAUACCCGGACCUGCAACCUAGCCAUGAGAGCUUUCCCUCGCUAUCAGGCGGCAUGGGCGGCGAUAUGCACCAGAUGGCGCCCCCAGCCAUCAACAUCGACUUUGCGCCGACCAAUUCGAGACAGGGCAGCUUUGAGCCGCCCAAGUCGCAGAUGGAUCAAGAUUCGCUAACACCACCAGAAAGAGGUCGUCCAAAAUCUCGCCCGAGAGCGGUCACGGACCCGUUCCACCCCGGUAGCGGAAUACUGCCCCCUGGCAAUCUGGGCUCCUCUCUCGGCGUUGAUCUUGCGGCCCGUUCCGACACAGCAUCUCGAUCCUUAUCCCCUCUAGACAGGUCAGGAACCAGCUCACCAGCAUCUCGAAGGCGACAAUCGACUUCUUCGGUGCCGAACAACGUCAUAGCGUUACGCCUGGCGGACCCGGAGUAUCAGAACAGCCAAGAAGCCGGCACAAGCAAGCGCAUGCAGAAGCACCCGGCGACCUUUCAGUGUACCUUGUGUCCCAAGAGAUUCACCAGAGCUUAUAACUUGCGCUCUCACCUGCGAACUCAUACCGAUGAGCGUCCCUUCGUGUGCACUGUCUGCGGUAAAGCAUUUGCUCGACAGCAUGACAGGAAACGGCACGAAAGUUUGCACUCAGGAGAGAAGAAGUUUGUCUGUAAGGGGGAUCUCAAAACUGGUGGACAAUGGGGAUGCGGCCGACGGUUUGCGCGAGCGGACGCCUUGGGAAGACAUUUCCGGUCCGAAGCAGGCAGGAUAUGCAUCAAGCCCCUCCUAGAUGAAGAAAUGGUCGAAAGGCAACGCCAGUGGCAGGAACAGCGGAUGCAGCAGAAUAUGGCGCAAAACAUGGCCAACCCGCAGGUCAUGGGCAUGGAUGCCGGCCCAGCUUAUCCUAUGGACGCCAGCGGAAAUUACACUCUCCCGCAAGCUCUCCUGGCUCAAUAUCCAGCACUGGCGCAGAUGAACUGGUCAGCGACAGAUAUGGGAGGCGGGCUGGACGAUGAGCUCAGCGGAAGGUCGUCAUUUGACGCCAGUGACUACGAUGACGGUGACGACGGUGGCUAC